AAAGAGAGAGAGAGGGAGACAAGGAUUGAUGGAAAACCAGCAGCAAUCAUGGAAGUUGAAAUUCUCGUUCAGGAACGCGACCAUCCUCGUAUGUUCUUUCAACCUUGUCACUUUUCUUCUCUUGCUUCAAGGCUUCCUCGCUGGUAUCUCUCUCUCCUCCAGAAGACUUAGUCCCGAUCAACUCGAUGCAGUGAAACUGAGAUAUGUUAAGGAAUCUGAAGAACUGCGCCGUGCUAUGGAGCCCUUGGAUCUGAUUAAAAGAGUAAGGGAAAUCGAACAAGAAACAUAUGUAGAACCAGAGGCAGUGAAACCAAAAGCCACUAAACAGACUGCUGCAGUUGAUCUAUCAAAGAGGUUGACGAACUUUCGACCUAUUAAUGAUGCUAAUAGCCUGAGAGCUCUUGAGGAAUGGCGUAAGCGGAAGAUGGAAAGAGCCAGGCAAAGAGAACUUGAGAAAAAUGGAACAGUCAUUGCUCAAGCAUAAGAUCAAUUUCUAAAUUACAAUUACAAGCCCAACUAUGAUGGAGUAGAGGAUUAUCCCUCACUCUUUGAAGGUGUAAACCUCUUAAACUUGUUAUAUUGUAAAGCUAUAGCUAACUUAUUAUUGUGUAUUCUCGAGUUUCAUACUCAAUAUCAUGAAGAUCUAUAUUUGCAAUCA